AUGUAUCGAUUGAACAACAUCGCGCACGUGGCAGGUUUUAUCGACGAAGAGCUAACCCGAUGUGUACGGAGAAUCUGUAGGCAACAGAAGAUGAUAUUGCAUGACCGUAUUAUGCCUUACCUAGAUAGCACCGGAUUGCUACAUGUUGCUAGGCUGAAUGAUUAUUGGUUUAAGCUGGAUGAGCCACUGAUUAGUUCCUUCGUUGAGCGAUGGCGUCCAGAGACUCACACUUUCCACAUGCCAUUUGGAGAGUGCACUGUUACUUUACAGGAUGUGGCAUAUCAGUUCGGCCUCCCUGUUGAUGGAUUUCCAGUUAGUGGUUGUCUUAGUGACUUUGAGCAGUUGAUGGAGGGUGGAAAGCCUGCGUGGCAGUGGUUUAAAGAGCUAUUCGGUGAGCUUCCUCCUGAGGACUGUAUCGAUGAGUUCACCGUGUCGUAUGGCUGGUUUCAAAACAGGUUCAGAGUCAUGCCGACUGAUGCUACAGAGGCAACGGUACAGGUCUAUGCGUGUGAUUACAUCAUGAUGUUGUUGUCCACGAUACUUUUUGGCGACAAGUCCGGUGCCAGAGUUCACUUACGCUGGCUCCCGUAUGUUGCGGAUCUUGACGGACUCGGCAAGUAUAGCUGGGAUUCAGCCACGUUGUCUUGGUUAUAUAGGUGUCUCUAUAGAGUUGCCAAUCAGAAUGUGAAGAACUUAGUUGGGCCACUAGCGUUGCUACAGUCCUGGAUAUUUUGGAGGUUUCCCACAUUCAGGCCGAGAGGGUUUGAUGUCAUAGAGAUGGGAGUAUGUUCGAGUUUCCAUCUUGUGCAUUCGCCAUGA